CGUCACCCCCUCCCAAAAAUACACGGCGCGCGGCAGCCGGGGCGAGGUGGUGGCCUCGUUCGGCUCCGUCCAGGGUCCCUCCUGGAGCGGUGGGGGCGGCCGCGGUUGUACCCCGAAAGUUUUUGGUUCCCCGGAAGAAAAUUUGACAAAAAGCUACAAAUUCAUGUUUCAGAAAGCGCUUGACAUCCGGGAAGCGCUGUCUUGGAGGAUCGAGGAGCUCGGUGACGUGCUGAAGAGCCACCAUCACCUGGAGGACUUCGCCUCGGUUUUUGUUGCCGUCCCCGCGUAGGAGCCGGUGACGGUGCUGGGCCAGAUCGGUUGUGACAGCAACGGGAAGCUCAACGCCAAAUCGGUGGUGCUGGAGGGCGACCGAGAACGUUCCUCGGGUGGACAAAUCCCUCUCGACCUCUCGGAGCUGAAGGAAUAUUCCCUCUUCCCCGGCCAGAUCGUGGCGCUGGAGGGGACCAACAGCACCGGGAAGAGGAUGGUGGUCUCGAAGCUCUACGAGGGGGUGCCCCUUCCCUUCCACACGCCGACGGAGCCGGCCCCAGAGCAGAGGAUGGUGCUGGUGGCCUGCGGGCCCUACACCACCUCCGACAGCAUCGCCUACGACCCGCUCACCGACCUCGUCGAGGUGAUCUGCCGCGACCGCCCCGACGUCUGCGUCCUGUUUGGGCCGUUCCUGGAUGCCAAGCACGAGCAAGUGGAGAACUGCCAGCUCCUGGGGUUCUUCGCCGAGGUCUUCAAGCUCUGCCUGAAGACGAUAAUCGAAGGGACGAGAAGCGCCGGCUCUCAGCUCGUCUUCGUCCCCUCGCUGCGGGACGUCCACCACGACUACGUCUACCCGCAGCCGCCGUUCCUCUACCCUGAGCUGCCGAAGGACGACAAACCGCGCGUGCACUUCGUUUCGGACCCCUGCACCCUGGAGGUCGACGGCGUCGUUUUCGGCCUCACCUCCACCGACCUGCUCUUCCACAUGGGUGCCGAGGAGAUCAGCAGCUCAUCCGGGAUCUCGGACAGGUUCACACGAAUCCUGAAGCACAUCCUGACGCAGCGGAGUUACUACCCGCUGUACCCCCCCUCAGAGGAGCUGAACGUUGACUACGAGAACUUCUACAGCUACGCCUCGUUACCCGUCACACCGGAUGUCCUUGUCACCCCCUCGGAGCUGCGGUACUUUGUUAAG